GUGUGUGCAUUUUCAAAUACAUGUAGGCUAUAUAUAUGUCAUAGUCUUAUUGUUUAAGGAAGGCAGCCCCCAUAGCAAGACUAAUAAUCCUUUGCUAGACGUGCCUCACUAGAGCCUGUGACCUUGCAUUGCUCGGAUUCCUCUGUUUGAAUAAGCAGUGCCCCCACCAGAGACUUUACAGGCUGUAAUUCAAGGCAUUGGGUCUGCAAAUGCCUGUUUUAUCUAUGUGCUGAAUGAAUGAUGUGACACUUAAAUGUCUCUAAAGUUAUUGAUUCCAUGGCCCACUGAACAACUUGAUAACAUUGCAGUACAAUAAUGUGACCUUAGCUGACUUGAUUUUGUGACCUUCUGCAGCUUAUAAUUUCAAGCAAACAACAACACGAAAAAACAUGCGUUACUGCUAGUCUUAAAAACAAAGACUGUAUAGAAUAUAAGAAGUUGACGUAGUCACGUGACAUCACCCAUUGGUUUAUGGACUACUGCUUUGAAGCCUUGAGUUUGGCAUUUUGGCCUUCGCCAUCUUUGUUUAUUGGAACCAAAAGUGAUACGAGAGGGUGAAGCAAUGUUCAACCAAACACUGAAAAAUACAUUUUAGGCAACAAAUAUUUACAAUGAACUUUUCUGUACUGUAACACACUGAAAAGGUUAAAGCUCUAAAACGAAAACAAAACAACACCCAAACCGGAAAAACACUUUGGCCGAGGCCUGUCAAUCACAAGGUAGCACCGCCCUAAAGCAUGCCCUGCUUUAUCGUCUAUUUUAUUCCAAAGGGGGCCAUCAUUUACAAAAUGAACUGUAUUGAUGAAGACUUGAAACUAGCGAUUGAGACCAUAAACUCAUUAGGAAAAUAUUUACUGAGGUAAUAAAUGAAGUUUCCCAAAGACUUCUAUGCAAUCAACACUUCUUUUUGCAACCAGCAGACUCAUCCCUUUAGGCCAUUUGAAAGAAUGCAAGUCUAAGGCACUUCCGCAUUGGCUUCACUUUUCAGCCCUGGAGGUUGCCGCUUGCUUAAAACCUUAUAAUGAUGACCCCGUUCAAAUCAAACAAAUUAUUUUGUUUACGGACAGCAGGUUUUCAUUGUUCACCACCUCUCGGGGGCAUUACGAGAAUGGUGUAAUUAUCUGAAAUACGUCAUAGAUUUACUAUGUAUGACUGUCCAACAGAUGGCAAGCUGACAGAAAAAUAAAAAAAUGAAAUUCGUGGCAUAUGAAAUAUAUUGGCCUGUAGCAUACCUGGUCAGUCAGUAACCCUCCCAUGACUGCUGUCACCCCUGUAUUGACACAGUUUCCAAGAAUGUUAAACCAAGACAAACACUCAAAAACGCCCUUCAAAACAGAAAUGUGUGUGUCAUAGUUGGUCCUCAAAUUGAAAACAACUCCCAGCACAGCAAGGGAUUUUUACCAAUGCAUGGGGUGUUGCCCCUCUACACUAAACACUACACUAUAAAUCCAUUGUUCCCACAACAUGCACUAUAAAACACAGUGUCUACAGUUUACAGAAACUGUGGUCUCCAUCUUGCGCCUUAUUAUCUCUCACAUGUCUGUAAAUUCACAGCCAUUUCUUCAGGCUCAAUGAGUAAAUCUGUCCACUUGGUUGUCUUGUGACUUGUUUGCAAAGUGGACUUGAGCUCUUUCAUGUAAUAGCCUCACUACUUUCUAAGACCUGAGGAAGAAAGGAUUCCUUUCAUGCUGUCUGCUGCACUUUGAUUUUCAAUCAGAUUAUUGUCUGAGAUAGCAGAAACAAUUUCAAUGGCAUAAAAGAAAACGCACUCAUAUGCACGGUGUCGACCAAAAGCAAAGCACCAUCGCCGCCAGGACUAAAUAACCUGGAUUCCCCAGGUUUCUCCCAGUGGUACCCAGGAAACAUUCAUUUAACCAUGGACAAGAAAGAGAACCUUAUUGAUAAAGACCUCUCUCUGGUCGUGGUUCUGCCUGACGGAGUAGAAGAAAUGACCACAGUCCAUGGAAGCAAACCCAUAAUGGAUCUAUUAGUGACGCUUUGUGCAAAGUACCACCUGAACCCAUCGAGCCACACCUUAGAGCUGGUCAGCGCCAAGAAGAACAACGCCAAACUCAAACCCAAUGCUCUCGUAGGAACUUUGGAUGCAGAGAAGAUCAUACUUAAACCUAAAGGGGAGGAUAAGAAUAAGAAGACAGGUCCUCAGAUGCCUGAGGCAACUGUUCGGAUGGUGAUAAACUACAGAAAGACCCAGAAAACUAUACUACGAGUCAAUCCUCGAGUUCCCCUGUCUGAUCACUUACCAGCCAUCUGUGAGAAAUGUGAAUUUGACAUGGAGACUACAGUUCUGUUGAGAGACGUCCAAUCACUGGCCCCUUUGGACUUGUCCACCUCUCUUAAUGACUAUGGAAUAAGGGAGGUGUAUGCAAGAGACACUAAUGGACAACCUGCUUCUCCUGUGUGUCCAGCCUCACCAGUGCAUGCAGUCACGCCGGGCAAAGAUAAAAAUCAGAAAGAGAAAGAAAACAAAGGCCUCUUCAGCAAGUUUAGAAAAAGCAAGAAAAAAUCUGACCAGGCAACGGCAGCCAGUGCACCAGCUUCUCCUGUGCUUGUGAACAAGCCUCGACCUCUCAGCAUGGCCUUACCUAGCUACAAUUCCUCUCCGUUUAGCUCCCCUACACUACUUGUCGAUGUGCCAAAGAAGAGACGCGCACCCCAACCCCCAAUCCUCGUGUCUCAGAGCUGCCCGUCGGACCUCAGCACUCGCCGGAGACUCAACUCUGAACCUAUUGCCCAACUGGACAAUGACCAGAUGACUGGUUUAAGUCGUGGCUCCUCAGCAGAGUCUUCACUGAAGAGAACCAAACGCAAAGCUCCGCCACCCCCCACAUCCCCCAGUGCUGUUGUCCAAGAAACAUUUCCUCUGGAUGAAAAUUUGCACGGGGGUGCCGCUGCUAACACACUGGAGGAGAUCAUGGAGCAAGAGGAGACCACUGCCUCUGUAAUGUCUGCAACUGCUAGUGAUACCCAGGGGCAGGACAGCAGCCUCAACAUGUCUGCUGAUGUUUCAUUGCAUUCCCCGUCCCCAUCCCCAGAGACACUGAACGCAAUGUCAACAGAGAGAAAUGGGGAAGAUCAGUCUUGUGAUCUGUCCUCAGAUGGCAAUCAACUGCAGAUCACAGUGAAUGAGUCUGCAACUCUGAGUGAUGUGAGGACAACUGAUGGCACAGAACUGGCAGAUACUAGUAGUGGUCCAUGUCCAGUUGAAAACGUUAGCCAACACGCAAUCUGUGUAGAUUCUACACCUCAAAGUGUCGGAGGGGAUUGCAGCACUGUACCCAGCAGCCUCCCUUCGCCUAUGAUGCAAGAUGCAGAAGCACAGGCCUCUGUUCAGGCAAACACUGAAACCCUCAGGGAGCAGACUGACAGCACAUCACGCACCAUUAGAGAGGAUGAUCAAGUGCAAACAGAGUUCACACCACUACCUGAGCCUUCACAACAACACAUGGACGAAAUCCCUUCCUCAACUAAUGCGCCUGCCUUUGAAUCAGCGGGGAAGAAAGAUAUGGCCACUGUAACGGCGGAACUAGACGCGCCUGAUCUCAAACAUGCCUUAUCCCACACCUCAGAGACCUCAUCAUGCCAAGACUCAACACCAAGUGCUCCCGCCACAACAAAAUCUAUUUAUGCCACAAACUCUGAGCCAAAGCCCAAGCCUUCCAACGAACUGACAAGGGACUACAUCCCCAAGAUGGGGAUGACAACAUAUACUAUCGUGCCUCAGAAAUCUCUGGAGAAACUGAGAUAUUUUGAAGUUGCACUGACACUGGAGCCGCCUCCUGAAGCUCCAGAAGAGAGACUCAAUAUUGGUGCUCUUCAGUUGGAAGAGAGCACAGUGCCGAGGGGACAGACAGAGGUCUCAAAGGAUAAAAGUGAGCUGCACUCUACUAUACCCAGGGAAGACUUACUGACUAGCACUACUACUACUACUACUACUACUACUACUACUACUACCCAAGACACUGUUAAUGGAAGUAUACCUGAAUCCAUUCAUUCCUCGUCACCAACAAGUUUACCUAACGCAGAUGACAGCAUCUCAUCCUCGGCUCAUGGGGCAUCUGAAGCAGGUUCACCAGCAGAGGUCAAGGAGAUGAAAAUUCCACCCGCAACUAAACCUAAGCCUGGUUCUUUCCGCUUGGCACAGCACAAAAAAACACCUGGGUAUUAUGUAACCUCAGCAGCAGAAAAGAAACUCAGUGCCAGUCCUGGCUCUGGCCAGAAGGAGGCUCAAGCAAGCUCAGAGAGAGCAAAGUUACCGCCCCCUCCUCUUCCACCUCCUGUGCCGUGUCAAGAGGAGACAACAGGGGGCGCUAAUGUUGAGCUUAGCCCAAAAGGGGAUGACAAGAAUGCAGCCUUCAUACGAAUGACUAGGCAAAGUAGUUUGUCAUCUAAAGAGCCAAGCACAGGGUUAAGCUUGGAAAAAUUUAGGAGCUUUGCAGCCCCCAGGCCCUAUUCUCCUGCGACCCCAUCCCGCUUCGCCCAGGCAGUGUCCUCCGCUGUGAAAAGGAGCCAGUCCUUAUCUCAUGGGCCAAAUUCCCCUCAGUCGCCUGUUUCACCAUCCUUCUCGCCGAUCCGAAGUCGCUCGUCAGUCAUAGAGUCAGACGGAUUAUUUGAGCUCAAGGAUGGUGAAAAUAGAGAGGUGGAUGGUGACAAAGGCUCCACUCUGCACGGAGUAGAGGAGGAACCACCAUCUUUUAGUGGGAUUGUUCAAAUGGAAGGAGAGAGCAGUCCAUAGCAGUGCCUUAAUUCUUCUGACAAUACAUCAUCUACUGAGGAGCUUAUCCUGUCUACUUUGAGUUCUCCAGAACCCUUUAACCCAUGACACAGAAGCAGGAGCUGUCUUUUGUUUUACCUCUUUUGGUAGUCUCCAACAGUGUACAUAAGAUGAUGUAUUUUGAUAAUUAAUAAUUGCUGUAUUUUGGUUUAUUUUCUCACAUGUCAUUAAGUAAUACCCCUGGCUCUGACCUGCAUAUUGUAAUGCUUCUCUUUUGUUUUGUGUGAUGACUAUCUUGCAUUUAAUGCAUUACUGUUGUGAGUGAGCAAGAACGUUAAAUGAGAACAAUUCUAUAAAUUAUUAGAAAAUAUAUUAUCUAAAUAAUACUGGAUGUGUAGGACAGACCAGGUCUGACCUAUGGUACUUAAAUGUUCCUUAUAAUAUACAUCUAUUUAAGUAUUGCAGAGUUUUGAUUAAACUAUAUGCAGAAAUACACAGAUGUUCUUGUCAAGCAGUGUUGUUAUGAAUAAAGCUUUUAUCGUU